CCCCGGCGCCCGCCGCCCCCUCAGCGCCGCCGCCGGCCGGCCGGCAUGGUCCCCGCCGCCGACAUGGGCCCCGGCCCGCGCCGCCCGGCCCCCGCCCACAACCCCGCCACAGGGAUGCCGCCGCCGCCGACCAGUCUGCCCCAGCUCCUGCACCAUUAUCUUUAGAUAAUCAGUGGAGGAGUUUCAGUACAGUAAAAUAAAACCUGUCGUCUGCCAACGCUUUAACUUAACUGGACUGCUUUUUGAAAACCAUGUGCAGUGGAACAGUGCUAAGUUGGGUAAAUGGUCAGAAGGCGCGUGGAGAAUUACUGCAUUGUUGUGAGCAAGAGAACAAACUCAAGAAGCAAAGCCAAUGGAUCCAAAAAGUGCUGCCAAGCUUCUGGAGAAGAACCCAUUCUCUGUCAGCACCCCGAAUCCUUUGCUUCCUUCUCCUGCCAGUCUCCAGCUCGCUCAGCUCCAAGCUCAGCUUACCUUGCACAGGCUAAAAUUGGCUCAGACAGCAGUCACCAGCAACCCAGCAGCUGCAAGUGUCCUGAAUCAAGUGCUCUCCAAAGUGGCCAUGUCUCAGCCGCUGUUUAACCAGUUACGGCAUCCGUCCAUGAUCAGCACCCCCCAGGGGCAUGCUGGAGGACCUCCACAAGGACCUGGGAUCACUAAUGCUAGGUUUCCAUCUAGUGGAAUUCCUUUUCCAGCACAAAGUCCGGCUCUGGCAGCCCAAGGAGGAAGCACAGGGCCUGUUGGGAACAUGCAGACACAAAACCCAAGUGCUGUGGUCAUGAACCCCUUUGGGAGUGUAAUGUCUCAGGCGUCCAGUCAACAGGCUGUAGUGAUGGGUCUGAAUAAGACUGGUCCCUCAACUGUUGCAGGAGGAUUUUAUGAAUACAGUAAACAAAACGUUUCUGCCCCUCAAGCGUACACGUCAGAUGCAGAACAAUCCACUCAGCACAGCUUUAUAACCACUGGGUCGCAUUCAGGAGUGUCCUAUGAGGGUCAUUUUUGUCCUCCAGGCCAGCUCAAACAUGACAGCCAGUCUGGGUUUCAGAAAGAUUUCUAUGGACCCAAUUCUAAAGGGCAGCAUACAGCAGGGCUACAGCCAUUGGCUUUCCCGGGUGAUGAAAUUGUGAGUCAAAAAGCAGAGCCAGGUCCCAUGUUACAUGGUGCAGGUACAAACAACCAGUGGGAAGAUGUCCCUAAUUUCUCCAGCCAAAACAAGCCUGACCUAAUGCUCAGUCCCAGCAUGUGGCCAUCGACAAGUCAGCAGUAUGAAAUAAGAAACGAGCUCUACAACCCCGAAGAACCCACCCCUGACACAAAGUUUAGCUCUGGGGCUCUAGGUCCUUUCAGCAGACUCAACAAUAGUAAACAGAGCUUCAGCAGUUCCCGAAUGAGGCAGGAUGAGGACCCGGUGGCAAAUGCAUCCAAUUUGCCUGUGAGAUCUCUACAGCCUCAUGAGUUAAAUGACUUUCAUGGGAUAGCCCCACUUCACUUCCCACAUGUCUGCACGGUCUGUGACAAAAAGAUCUUUGAUCUAAAGGACUGGGAUCAGCACAUUAAAGGAAAUCUUCACAUCCAAAAAUGUAUGGCGCUCUCGGAAAACAGUGGCAUCCGGUGUGCGUUAAGUUCAGUAGAUGGAACGUUGCAUUUAUCGCCAAAUAAUGCUUCAAUUUUUAACCCUUCCAGUAUUGAAGAUUUCUCAUCAGCCGUUGGCUCAUCUUAUGCCACUGUGUCAGCAAGAUCCUUUGGCCAGCCAGUUCCUACAUUUUCUUCCCUUCCAGCUGGGGUAAGAUUUCCACAAAGGAAAUCCAUCCUUGGUCGAGUAGUACACAUCUGCAAUCUCCCCGAAGGAAGCUGCACAGAGAACGAUGUUAUUAAUCUUGGACUUCCCUUUGGGAAAGUCACUAAUUAUAUCCUUAUGAAAUCUACUAACCAGGCCUUCCUAGAAAUGGCUUACUGCGAAGCAGCACAGGCUAUGGUACAGUACUACAAAGAGAAGCCCGCUAUGAUCAACGAUGACAAGUUACUCAUCAGGAUGUCUAAAAGAUACAAGGAACUUCAGCUGAAGAAACCAGGGAGGAAUGUGGCGGCAAUCAUCCAAGACAUCCAUUCUCAGAGGGAGAGGGAUAUGUUCCGUGAAGCAGACAGGUAUGGACCAGAGAGGCCACGAUCUCGCAGCCCCAUCAGCCACUCCCUGUCGCCAAGAUCCCACACACCAAGCUUUACUUCCUGCAGCUCACCCCGCAGUCCGUUGGGCACCGUCAAGGCAGACUGGGGAAAUGGAAGAGAGUCGUGGGAUCAGUCCCCUUAUUCCAGAAGAGAAGAAGAAAGAGAGACAGCACCCUGGAGAGAGAAUGGAGAGGAGAAAAGGGACAGGACUGAUGCAUGGGUACAUGAGAGAAAACAUUAUGCACGGCAGCUGGACAAGCUCGACUUGGAGGAACGGACUGAAGGAGGCAGAGGGCACAGAGACAAAUAUUUAAGGGGUGGUUCGCCCAGCUACAAGAGCAGGGAUGAUGAUUAUUACAGAAAAUCAUCCAAGCCAAAAUCUGAUAGGCAUCAGAAGCAGCUGCAGGAUGCACCAGCAAAGCCUAAAAGAAAAGAAGAUGCGAGAUUGAAAGAGCGCAAGCAUUUUCACUGUGAGGAACCAGUGAAGGAGGACAUCUCUGAACAGAAGCCCAGCAAGGGGUCUGAGGGCUCCAGACACAAGCAAAGUGAUAAGAAUAAAACAAAGAAAGCUAACAAAGACCAAGAGGCGGCUCCUACUGCUGCUAAUGAAAGCAGUGAUUCAAAGGAAGCCAAAAUGACUGAGGAUGAGCUUGGGAAAAAGGAGCAUAUUGCAGAGAAGAGCUCACCUUCAACUAAUAAACACGGAAAAGAAUCUGCAGAAACUAUGGAAAGUGCAAGAAAAGAGAAGGAGCGAGACUGGGAGAGUGAAAGCGAGAUGGAAGGUGAGGCCUGGUAUCUGACUAACAUGGAAGAACUAGUAACAGUGGAUGAAGUGGGAGAAGAUGAUCUUAUUAUGGAGCCUGAUAUAACGGAACUUGAAGAAAUCGUUCCGGUUGAUAAAGAUAAAACAAAUUCAGAAAUGUGUCCCUAUGUGUCUGCCAUUUUAGAACUGAAAAAUGACUGUAGCCAAUUAAAUAGGAGCGAUGGCGCAUUUGCCCAUGAAACUAUAGACCCAAAUUUUGUGUCAGCAAAGGAAAGCAUAGCAGCUUCCAGUGGCUGUCAAGAAAAUGAUGAUGCAGUUACUAAAGCAUCAAGCCUAAAUCUGGACACUGAACAGAAGCCAGAUACAUUGCAAGCAGACAAAGUUCAUAGGGAUUCUAAUUACCAUGAUAAGGAGAGGAAAAUGGAAGAAAGCUGUGACUUAAAACCAGAAGAUCCCCAUAAACCAUCUGAUCAUCUGAAAGAAGAGACCCUCCAGCUCCCUGACCAGUUUACGGAUGAUUACAAGGAGAUGGGAUCACAAGAAACGGAGAGCAGAGAAGUCAUGGAAAUGCUUGUGAAAAGCACCAUUGAAGCAGCAAGCCAAGGAAGCCAGGAGUGUCAAGAGACCAAGGCGAAUUCUAGAUACACGGAAAUGAAAUCUCCCGAAUACUCAGAGGUGGAAUCUAAACAAAUGCAUCCUUCACCGGCCUGGGAACAAGAGGACGUGUUCACAGAACUCAGCAUUCCUCUAGGUAUGGAAUUUGUGGUGCCCAGAACCGGGUUUUAUUGCAAACUCUGCGGACUCUUCUACACAAAUGAAGAGACGGCCAAAACAAGUCACUGCAGAAGUACUGUUCACUACAAAAAUCUUCAGAAGUAUCUCUCGCAACUUGCAGAAGAGAGUCUGAAAAUGAACGAACAAGACAGCAGUCUGCCACAGGACGACACUGGAAUUGUUCCUCGCUUUGAGAAGAAAAAGUUGUGAUGCCAACGAAGAGUUGGAAAUGGGUGAAUGCCAAUAUUUCCUUGUUGAUCUCUGACGUGACCGUCGAUUUGCACUGUACAGGGGAAUGGAAAGCACAAUAAAGAGCAUGUUCCAUGCAUUUAUGCCCAGAGUGCCCUUAAAAAAACAAAAUGCCUGAAAUAGUUUCCCACGGUGAAGCAGUGCUGGCAUAUCUCUAACAAGCGGAGCUAUUCUUUCUCACACUCUGCACGUUGGGAGCAGCUUCCUGCAUUAAAUUGGAUUCUCAGGGAUUCUCAGCGUUUUCAUUUGGGUGUUGGAGCGUGUUGGGUCAGGCUGAGUAUUUAGAAGUGUCUAGCGUCCUCCAGUGGAAAUAAUCAGAAAGGAAAUGUCCGGAGUGAAAUGAGCUUUAAUGUUGUUGAAACAGUAUCCUUCGCUUCACUCGUUGCCGUAAUGAAUAAUAAGUUAUGUAUGCGAGUCCUAAAUGAAUGAUAAACAUUAGAUGGCCCAAUGUAAACUCCAGCUGCAUCUGUGCCUUAGAGAAGUAUUUUAUGUCUGUAAUGUUAGGACAUUAAGUCAGUGUCAUAUAGAGGAAGGUGCAAUUUCUGUCCCAGACAUUUUGCAAUCUAAAUCCAGUGCAGUUAAAUUGUAUAAACUGAAAAUUAAUCUCCUUCAUGUUCCUUCACAUCCUUUAUUUUCCAUUCUCCUUCCUAUCUGGUGGCCAGGCCACUCUUUGGCCAUUUCUGAUUUUGAAAACUUUCCUUCAGAAAAUUCUAAAAAGCGUGCUUUCUCCAUCUUGGAUUAAGCUCCCACAAAACACUUUAUAAAUGCCACAUACUCGGAUCACGGUGCCUGUUGAACUACAAGUCUAUCCUUGGUGUGUUUUAUUUUAAACAUGUUUUUCUAAUCUCGGCAACCUUGUAUUUCCUGCUCUUUAUGGAAUUUGGCCAAUGCUGUAUUGACAUUUUCUGUAUUUUAUUCUCCUGCUCUUUUUUAUGGCAAAUAUAACAACUCACAGUUCACAGAAUGCUGCAGUGAGAACACAGGAUGCACCAGCAGCUCUGAUGUUAUUAUGUGCCAUUGUUUCUGCACAGUGUUGUGCUUAGUAUUAUGCACAGCCCCAUUGAAAUGCAGUUUGCAAAUUUCAGAUUAAUUUCAAUGGGGCUUUGUGUAGCAAAGUGAAUGUCUGACAACCGCUGCCAAAAACUGAUCCUGGAAUUCACCUUCACAAAAUGCACCCGAGAAUCCAGACAGAUGGGCACUCUGUGUUACUAUAGAGGGUUGGAAAGUUUUUGAAAUUUCAGUGAAAAACGGGGUGGGAGAUUUACAAAUUCCCCCCUUCCCAUUUUUUGCCCAUUUCUGCAGUCAAUUCCAUUGAAAUUUCUGGGAUUGGAUGCUUAGCUUCUAGCAGUAGGUGGUGGAUGUGGGAAAUCUUUUUUUCCAGAAAGGCUCCAUCCUUGAGAGCAACAUUAAUACUACAAAACAAUGCAAAAUAUCCAGCUCCUGAAACUGCUCCCACCAAAAUGCUUGUUUCAUAUAACCAGUACCAUCAGCCAUAUCCUUCUGCCCCUGGAAUAGCUUUCGUCACAGCGCUGUCUCCCACAGCUCCAUUUUGUUGUUCGCUGAGGUCCCAUUUGCCUGGUGCGCAUGUGCCUUCAUUUCAGCAAGAUAGUGCAAAUGGCAGAUUUUGUAUCCACACUUCUCCAGAGGUCAGGGAUUCUUUGGAAAUCAGAUUUGGAGCUGGCUUAUUGGGAAGAGAUACAGUAAUGAGGUGCAGAGAUGAGCUUACCUGGCUUCUGGAUAUGUUUGGAUUUGGGCUCAUUUUUCACCUAACACAGGAUUUUUAUUCUUAAAAAUCAUGAAAAACAAAAGUAUUUUGCUACACACAUUCUUAUUAUAUUAUAAUAAUAUUUGAAUUCAGUGAUAUAGGUGCAAGUGUGUAUUGGAAGGUAUAAAAAUUAUGGAAAUGGAAGCAACUUCCCUGCCUUCCCUGUCCAAAGCGGCUAAGGUACUUUGCACAGACGGAGUGAACAGAAUUACCCACAUGACCUUGCAGCACAGUAGGUCCAGGGGAAAAUUGCCCAAGUGUAAGCACCUGAUUUUUAUAUAGAAAAUGAUUACCCCACUGGGGCCAAGAUUACUGGCAGAUAGUUGCACCAUCUGGUUGGACUUGAUGCGAAUGGGAAGAAGAGCUCAUGAUGCUCCAAAGCCACCUGCUUCUAGCAAUGUAUCCUCAGCCCAACAGAAGUAAGAAAAGAAAUGCUUUCAUUAUUGUUAUUAAGAUUAUUUAUUUAUAUUGCAGUCGUACCUGCAGAUCCAGCCCCUUAGCUCUUGGCACUGUGCAAUCACAAGUGUUCCUAGGCCCAAAAGACAGCUAUUACUUUGAGAAUUUUACUUUCCUUUAUUUCCAAAAUCUGCACAUUUUAAAAGCAGGAGAAAACCAACCCCAAGUCUUAGACUAAAUACUAACAAUCUGUGCAAUCAGUUUUCAGCCCAGUGCAAUUUGAGAUGAAGUCCUUCUCACCAAAGAGGCUUUCAUGACAAUGCUGACAGGUGCAUCACUCCGAGACAGCUCUCUCACCUGUCCUGCUGAGAGUCAGCACAUCUGGAAAGGUAGCUUACUUGCCUCUCUCAGCUACUGUAAAAUAUGUUGUUUCUUUUUUUUUGGCUUGCUAUAUUUAAAAUCUGAAAUUGAAUCUAAGAUGUAUUAUUUUUUUAGUUGGUAUAGAUCUUCACAAAUAUCAUUUUCACUACUUAUAUUAAUAUAUGUAUAGCAGCAAGCAGUUUCAAGUCUAGCCAAAAGUUAUUUAUUAUUAUUUAAAGAAGAGCUUCCUCCAUAUUUAUGAAUAAUCUCAACAUGUCUCAACCAAAGAUUUCACUUUUUAAACAAGGAGUGUGUUUUAGUCUGUGCAAAACCUUGAUGGAUUUCAAACAGUCUUUCAUGUCAAAUGCAACUUGCUUUUUCUGAGGUAAAAAUAAAAUAAAAUAAUUGAAACAUUGCCCCAUAAGACUUGACAAAUUGUAAUACUGGCUUGAGCACUAAAUUAGUGUCAGGCUGGUUAUAUUCAGGGUUUUUCUAUUUUCUAACUAUUAAGGCUGUGAUUUGUUGAAUUAUACUUGAACUGGACCAGACGUACUAUUUAUUGAGCUUAUACAAUCUUGUUAAUUUAAGUUUUGGCUUGUAAAACAUUGGAAAGUGUUAGUUCUUGUUGAAUUAUGUAGGAAUUGUCACCAGCAGUAACUGAUCUGUGUAACUGAUUGCAAAGCAUUUCAAUUUGUGUUUCUUAAAAAGAAUGAUUUUAAUAAAGAGACUUUUAAAGCA